AUGUGUGGCUGCUACAACUCCAAGUCAAGGAAUAGUACUGAUUUCUUCUCUACGCUUCUGUAUGAUAUAGUUUUGGAUGUCCUGGCAAGGCUCUCCACCAAAAUCCUCUCUCAAUGCAAGUUUGUCUACAGAUCAUGGCUUGAGAUCAUCCAAUCCCUUGAAUUCGCCCGCUUUCACCUUCAAAAGUCCACCCUUCGCAACACCACCAUCAUCCUUGGCAAGAGUGAUCUUCUAGGUUACUUCAACUUAAUUGAAUUUAAUGAUUUGCCUGAUUAUUCUAACAGUAAAUCUGCUUUAUACAAUCAAAGUAGAGUCAAUGUCAAUCUUUGUUCUGUUUCUUUUUUUUACGAGUUUCUAUUGGACAAAGUCCCACAUCGGCAACAAUAUUCAGUUUAUAAGGGGCAAGCCUUCCUCCCCUUAAUAAGCCUUUUAGAGGGAGGGCCAAGGGCCCAACUUUUUGAGAUGGUAUCGGAGCCAGGGCUCAGACCGUGUAACCCUGUUACUGGUGAGCAUGUAAGGUUGCCUCUAGCUGUCGACUUGUCGGGCUUCAAAUACCUUAGAGCUGGGUUUGGCUAUGAUUCAGUAAAUGAUGAAUACGAAGUUAUCAGAAUUUGGUGUUACAUGGAAGAGAUUAAGUUAAUGAGUGAAAUUUAUACUCUUGGAUCUGGAGAUGUUACAUGGAGGAGCAUUGCACAAGUGCCUUACCGGUUUUAUUAUCAUAAGAAAAUGGUUCUUGUUGAAGGAGUUCUUCAUGCGCCCUACUGGCAUUAUCAAGUUCUUCCCGCUGAGUUUGACCGUAUUCUGUGUUUUGAUGUGAAAAGUGAACAAUUUCGGCUUCUGCCGGGGCCUGCCAGCCCGCGGUAUCACAAAGGUAGCACUCCAAAAUAUGUGUUUAACCUAGUGGAAUUAGGUGGGUGCCUUCGUUGCGUAGAUGCUUUUCCGGAUGAUUUGGUGAUAUGGAUGAUGACAGAGUAUGGGGUGAAAGAGUCUUGGACUAAGAAAUAUGUUAUUCCCAAUCAACAACAAUAUGUACACAUGGACGGAGGGGUUACCUAUGGAUGGUGGCCUUUGACUUUAAUGAAGCGUGGAGAGCUAUUGGUUAAAGUUGAUGAGAUGUCCUUGAGAUUCUAUAAUCCUGAUAGAAAUAUUGAGACUGAUACUCAAGUGAGAGUGCGACUUAAUCCUCCUCGCUGUUUCUCUCCGCAUGUUGCAAGUCUUCUAUCCCCUCCGAAUGAUACAGCCUGCAGCCACUAG